GCCUGAGCAUCAUGACUUUAAUGAAAGCAGGGAGGAGGGAGGAGGGAGGGAGGGGGUGUUGGAGCCAGCAGAGACCGAGCAGAGCAUCAGUGUUGUUCCUGCCGUGGACCAGAGAGGAGAGAGACCCAUCACAGAACAACCAGCGGCUUGUUUUCAGGCCCAGCUGCAGCAUCCCUCAUCAUGACUAAAGAGGAGAACCUGGAGGCGCAGGAGAAGGAGAGGCACGACCGGGAGGAGCAGGAGGAGGGGAAGGUCCAGAAAGAGGAGGAAGAGGCACUGACCGAGGAGGAGGACGAGGAGGAGGAAGAAGAGGAAGAAGAAGAGGAGGAAGAAGAUGAAGAGGAAGAAUAUGAGCUAGGAGAGGAAAGGGAGGGGGAGGAGAGGACGGAGGUGGAGGAUGAGGACGACGACGAGCAGGAGGAGGAGCGGGAGGAGAGGGAGGAGCGGGAGGAAGAGAUGGAUCCAGAAGCUGGCCGGGAACGUGACGUCGAGCCGGAGCCCGAGCCCGAGCCGCUGUCAGUGUCUGAGUACCAGAGUCCAGUUCAUGAGCCACGCCGACGAGCCAUGGUGCACCCCUCCGCCCAGGCGCCGCUGCCCAAAGACUACACUUUCACUUUCUUCGACCCCAAUGACCCGGCCUGUUUGGAGAUCCUCAUGGACCCCCGGACCACCAUCCCCGAGCUGUUCGCCAUCGUGCGUCAGUGGGUUCCCCAGGUGCAGCACAAGAUCGACAUCAUUGGCAACGAGAUCCUGAAGCGCGGUUGCCAUGUGAACGACCGUGAUGGUCUGACCGACAUGACGCUGCUUCACUACAGCUGCAAGGCUGGUGCACAUGGAGUCGGUGACCCAGCGGCUGCACUGCGUCUCAGCAGCCAGCUAAUCGCUCUGGGCGCUGACGUGAGUCUGAGGAGCCGCUGGACCAACAUGAACGCUCUGCACUACGCCGCUUACUUUGACGUCCCAGAACUGAUCCGAGUCCUGCUCAAAGCCUCUAAACCAAGAGUGUUGAACUCCACCUGCAGUGAUUUCCACUAUGGCACAGCUCUCCACAUUGCUGCCUCCAACCUCUGUCUGGGUGCAGUCAAAUGUCUGCUAGAGCACGGAGCCAACCCCACUGUCCGGAAUGAUAAGGGCCAGGUUCCGGGGGAAGUGGUUCCCGACCCGAUGGACAUGAGUCUGGACAAGGCGGAGGCUGCCAUGGUUGCGAAAGAGCUGAAGCAACUGCUGCUGGACGCCGUCCCUCUGAGCUGCAACCUUCCAAGAGCCACGCUGCCAAACUAUGACAACAUCCCAGGAAACCUGAUGCUGUCCUCGCUGGGGCUGAAGCUGGGGGAUCGUGUGCUGCUGGACGACAUGAAGCUCCAGACAGACCAGAGCCGAGACGACAGCCCGGCUGCAAACCUCACACAGACUGGCACUCUCAGGUUUUGCGGUACUACAGAGUUUGCCAGUGGUCAGUGGGUCGGCGUGGAGCUUGAUGAGCCAGAGGGAAAGAACGAUGGCAGCGUGGGCGGUGUUCGCUAUUUCAUCUGCCCUCCUAAACUAGGGAUUUUUGCACCGGUGUCAAAGAUUUCCAAAGCUGUGGAUCAGACACCUUCAUCCGUCACCUCCACCCCCCGAACCCCCCGCAUGGACCUGGCCUCCCGCCUCGCUGGAAAGACCAAGAAGGAGAAAGAGAAGAAGGAGAAGGAGAGGGAGAAAGCCCAGAAGAAGAAAUCAUCAGUAGCCAGUCUGGAUCCAGAGGGACUCAACGUGGAAGUUGGAGAUCAGGUUCUGGUGGCCGGACAGAAACACGGCAUCGUCCGCUUCUACGGCAAGACCGACUUUGCUCCAGGUUACUGGUUUGGAAUCGAGUUAGAUCAGGCGACAGGAAAACACGACGGCUCAGUGUUUGGAGUCCGCUACUUCAGCUGCCUGCCCAAAUAUGGAGUGUUUGCUCCGCCCUCCCGAGUCCAGAGAAUCGGAGGUCCUAAAGAAGGCUCACAGAACGACAGCUCCAUGGUGAAGAAAGUCCACCAAGUCACCAUGUCACAGCCGAAGCGUAACUUCAACACGAUGCGUUCUCCUAAAGACCUGACCUCUGAGAGCUCCAUAUCCAGGUUGCUGUUCUGCUGCUGGUUUCCGUGGAUGCUGCGCGCUGAGAUGCAGUCCUAACCACGCCCUCCUCCUUCGUCCUCUUCCACCAGAUUGAUCUCUCCGCUUUCUCUCUUCAUCUUUUACUUUGUCGCUUUCCUCUCUCUUUCAGUCUCUUCAGACGUUCACUGUCGCCAUUCAGACUUCUCGUAUAGUGAAACCCUCUUCUCUCGUACUCUCAGCCCAAAUCCCUCUAAUUUAGCCGUUCUAUAGCAAAAUCUAUAGUGCCUUGUAUCUGAUCAAAAUGUCCUGCAUUCCUUUAACGAAACUCUGCUAAAGCAAUCCCCCUAAAAUAUUCUCCUCACCCCUUUACACAUCUUAUCUUUUAGUUUCAACAAGUCCUCAUCUCAUUGUCCCAGCUUCGUCCGUCUUUAUUUCAGGAUAUCAUAAACCACAAAACAUCUGUUUGUGCUGCUGCAUGUUUUGUUUUUGCUGCUGCUCGAUUUGGGUCUCACCGAAUUUGGAGGUUUGCACCAGCGAGCUAAAAAUUAGGCUGUAAAGCUGAUGUUUUGACUCGUGGUUUGCAGCUCGCAAAUGUACGCACGCUCGUUAAAUCCCAUGACAUACUCCGCCUGCGUACCUGAACACAGACAACGGUGAGGUUUGCCAAACAAAUGACAACUGUACAUGAGUCUGAGUCCAGAAGAGGCCCAACGAACCAGGCCGACAGUUGUGAGGAAGCAUUAAUCUUCUGAGUACCUGCGACGCUUCAAAAUGCACACUUGUGUCACACUGAGAAUUUUAAGUGCCCAAACAGAACAUACACUACAUGCACACAGUAAUGCCCUUAUCCUGAAAAAGACAGCAUUCCUACAUGGGUAAUAUUUAUAAAUGAAUAUUUCACUAAUAUUCCUGCUCACAUGCAGGCGUGUAUACUCUGAUAGACGUGCUCUAACAUCUUUUUAUAGGCAAAAUAUGGAAAAUUAGAACGGCUGGAGCCGCUUGUACCAUUUUGCUUCUUUGUGUCAAAAUUUUAUGGCUCCAUGCCGGUGAGUGUUGUGGCUGGAGCCAUAAUGUUUUGGGGUUGUUUGUCGAUCUCUGAACCAGUCUUGUGAAUGUGAUACGCCUUGAGGGAAUUCCUUCAUAUUAGCAAAAACGUCCACAUGGACUCAAGAAUGAACUGAUCAGACUUUGGUGGUUUGGUGGUCAAAGAUCCCUGUGACCAAACAUGUUUUUGGAAGUCACCCACUAAUUCUGACAAAACUUCACACAGAAUGACGUGACAACAUUUAAUAUCCAGAAGGUCAAAGGUCAGCUUCACUGUGACAUCAUAAUAUUUUGCAAAAACACUUAACUGGCCAUUACUCAACGUCACAUCUCAGG